CUCCCUCUCAUUAUUACUAUAAUUAUUCUGACCAGUUACAGUGAGAAAAGAGCUGAAAAACAAAGGAGAAGAAGAAGAAGAAGAUGGGCGAGGCCGAACCACUGUUGCACUUCCUCUUCGUUUCCUUCCCCGGGCAAGGCCACGUAAACCCGCUCCUUCGAAUGGCGAAACGGAUCGCAGCCAAGGGGCCACUUGUGACAUUCUCCACCACGCUCGAUUUCGGCCGCCGCAUCAAAGCGGCCUCCAAUGGCUCCACCGCAUCCGCCUACGAAGCCGACGCCAUCCCUAUCGGCCACGGUUUCCUCCGCUUUGAGUUCUUCCACGAUGGCGCCGAUCCAGACGACCCGAAGCGAGACGAUCUGGAUGUUCUCAUGGCCCGACUGGACUCCAACGGCCCUCCUUCUCUAACCCAUCUCAUCAACCUCCAGGCACACUCCGGCCGCCCCGUUUCCUGUCUCGUCAACAACCCCUUCCUCCCCUGGGCUCUCGAUGUCGCCGCCCAGCUCCGCAUCCCAAGUGCCGUACUCUGGGUUCAGUCCUGCGCCGUCUUCUCCACAUACUACCACUUCCACCACCGCCUCGCCCACUUUCCCACCGACGAAAACCCGGACCUGACAAUCCACCUGCCAGGCCUCCCGCCCAUGGGGCCCCAAGACCUCCCCACUUUUCUUCUCCCCUCCAACCCCUACAAGCCCCUCACCAAAGUCAUCCUGGCACAAUUCCACAACAUCUCCCGGGCCCGAUGGGUGUUCGCCAACUCAUUUGAGGAGCUCGAGAGGGACGCUUUCAAGGCUAUAGCCGAGCUGUUGCCGGUGAUACCUGUCGGUCCCCUCGUCGACGCUGGCGAGCCUCAGGAGAAGGUUAGAGCUGAUAUAUGGAAGGCUGCCGACCAUUGCCUCGACUGGCUCGACAAGCAUGAACGGAGAUCUGUUGUCUACAUCUCGGCUGGUAGUAUCGUCAUGCUUAGCUCCGAAGAGAUGCAGGAGCUGGCUCAUGGGUUUAAGAAUUCCGGCCGCCCCUUCCUCUGGGUGGUGAGGGAGAAUCUUCGGGAGCUGCUCCCAGAAGGAUACGAGAAGGAGAUUGAAGCAGAGGGAAAGGGCUUGCUCGUGGGCUGGAGUCCGCAGGAGCAGGUAUUGGCUCAUCCGGCCAUCGCCUGCUUCGUCACACACUGCGGCUGGAACUCUACGUUGGAGCUCAUAGCCGCCGGUGUGCCGGUGGUUGCAUACCCGCAGUGGGGGGACCAGGUUCCCGACGCCAAGUUCCUCUGUGACGUCUACGGCGUCGGCAUUCGGCUGCCCCGCCGUUGCCGCCGGUGGUUCAUCAGACCGCAACAUUGAGAAGUUUGUGGAUGAAAUCAGGAAAUGGGUGGCCUCUGAGUUAGCCGCCGGGAAGCUCCAUUAGGGCUCGCCGGUGGUGGCAUCAUGGGAUUGAGGCACAUGUCUGACUCAAUAAUUUUAUUAAUCGAAUUAAAUGUAUUUUUAUUUUUAUUUUUAAUUUUUUUGGUGGCUAGAUAUUGUAAUGGAUUACUUAAAUGCUUCUGUCCCAACGGGGCAGAAAUUAAAAAAAAUGAACCCUUCGCGUAUAUC